CAAAUGCAUAUCCCAUUUUCGCACAAGGUUAUGAAAAUCCAUGAGAAGCGACCACCUAUAGUGGCCAUUUAGCCAAUAAGCCCAUGGAUACGUUCCACAUUACAAUUGCUCUUACAUAAGUUACAUUACGUCAUUACCCAAGAGAAUAAUCUUCGGACACAAGUCCAUAUAAUACUACUACUCAAAAACUAUAAAUAAAAACCCUCCAAUUCCUACAAAAAUAAGGGUUUAUCAUUUCUGUAAAAGUUCCUCAUUCUCUCUCCAAAAACCCUGCAUUCUUCCUUCCUUACUCUCACUUAACCAUGAUUCUUUACAGCUUAACCCUCCAAAAAACCACCGGAAUUACUUCCGCAAUCUCCGGCAACUUCUCCGGCGACAAAAACCCAGAAAUCGCCGUUUCUCGUGGCAAACUCCUCGACCUUCUUCGCAUUGAUGAUAAUGGUAAACUCCAUACUCUACUUUCUGUCGAAAUUUUCGGAAUUAUACGUUCUUUGACUCAAUUUCGGCUUACUGGGUCUCAUAAAGACUACAUUGUAGUGGGUUCUGAUUCUGGUCGUAUUGUGAUCUUAGAAUACAAUAAAAUCACCAAUUCUUUUGAUAAAAUUCACCAGGAAACUUUUGGGAAAUCGGGUUGUCGUCGGGUUGUUCCGGGUCAGUUUUCGGGUGUUGAUCCGAAAGGGAGGGCGGCAAUGGUAGGAGCUUGUGAAAAACAGAAGUUUGUGUAUGUUUUGAACAGGGAUUCUAGUGCUAGAUUGACAAUUUCAUCUCCUAUUGAGGCUCAUAAGUCUUGUAUGGUAACUUAUGCUAUUUGUGGGGUUGAUUGUGGGUUUGAUAACCCGGUUUUCGCUGCGAUUGAGAUGGAUUAUAGCGGGGUUGAUAAGGAUUGUACAGGGCAGGCUGCAGCCGAGGCUCAGAAACAUUUGACAUUCUAUGAACUUGAUCUUGGUCUUAACCAUGUUUCAAGAAAAUGGUCUGAACCUAUUGAUAAUGGGGCUAAUAUGCUUGUUGCGGUGCCUGGGGGCGGGGAUGGGCCGGGUGGGGUGUUAGUGUGUGCUGAGAAUUUUGUGAUUUAUAAGAAUCAAGGGUAUCCGGAUGUUAGGUGUUUGACUCCUAGGAGGGUGGAUUUGCCUGCAGAACGCGGGGUUUUGAUAGUGUCUUCUGUAAAGCAUAAGUCUAUGCCGUUCUUUUUGCUGCAAUCGGAGUAUGGUGAUGUAUUUAAGGUCACCUUGGAGUGUGGGAAUGAGGGUGUUUCGGAGUUGAAGAUUAAGUAUUUUGAUACGAUUCCUGUAACGUGUUCUAUGUGUGUUAUAAAGCCUGGUUAUCUGUUUGCUGCUUCUGAAUUUGGUGAUCAUGCUUUGUAUCAGUUUCUGGACAUAGGAGAUGAACCUGAUGUAGAGUCUUCCUCUGCUAGGAUGACAGAAUUAGAGACUGAGGAAGGUUUUCGACCAGUGUUUUUCCAACCUAGGAGGCUCAAGAACCUAGUAAAAGUUGAUAUAGGUCACAGUUUAAUGCCAAUAAUGGAUAUGAAAGUGGUUAAUCUUUUUGAGGAAGAAACUCCACAGAUAUAUGCUCUUUGUGGUCAAGGUCCUCGUUCAUCUUUAAGGAUUCUGAGGCCUGGUUUGGAAAUUACGGAAAUGGCUACCUCGUCACUUCCAGGUGUGCCAAAUGGAGUUUGGACAAUCAAGAAAAAUGUCAAUGAUGAAUUUGAUGCUUAUGUUGUAGUCUCCUUUACUACUGCUACUCUUGUACUUUCAAUUGGUGAGACAGUUGAAGAAGUUAGUAAUAGUGGAUUUUUGGAUACUACUCCUUCUCUUGCUGUAGUUUUGAUGGGUGAUGACUCUCUUAUCCAAUUCUAUCCUAGUGGUAUUAGGAACAUUAGGGAAGAUGGGCGCAUUAACGAGUGGAGUACCCCAGGAAAAAAGAAAAUUGUUAAGGUCGGGUACAACAGUCAUCAAGCUGUCAUUGCAUUGAGUGAGGGAGACCUCAUUUACUUUGAGAUGGAUAUUACUGGUAAGUUAAUGGAAGUGGAGAAAUGCGAAAUGCAAGGAGAUGUGGCGUGCUUAGACAUUGCCCCAGUUCCAGCAGGAAGGGAAAGGUCCCGCUUCCUUGCUGUUGGAACUUAUGAUAAUCUUAUUCGCAUAAUGUCAUUGGAUCCAAACGACUGUAUGCAAAUGCUGAGUAUGCAAAGUGUUUUCUCGCCCCCUGAGUCUCUUCUAUUCCUCGAGGUUCAAGCAUCGACAGGGACCGAGGAUGGUGCUGGUCAUCAUGCCAAUCUUUUCCUAAAUGCUGGUUUGCAGAAUGGUAUGCUGUGUAGAACAGUUGUGGACAUGGUAACUGGUCAACUUUCUGAUAUUCAUUCCCGGUUUAUAGGACUUAAAGCCCCAAAACUUAUUUCAAUAACUAUUAGAGGUCAGCAUGCUGUACUAUGCUUAUCAAGCCAGCCUUGGCUCGGAUACAUUUAUCAGGGACAAUUUCUCUUAAGACGUCUGACAAGCAACACUCUUAAAUAUGCUGCCUCUUUUUCAUCUGAUCAAUGUGCAGAGGGUGUAAUUGCUGUUGCUGCAGAUUCACUUAAGGUGUUUACUGUUGAGAGGCUUGGUGAAACAUUCAGUCAAACUAUAAUCCCUUUAAGAUACACACCUAGGAAAUUUGUGCUUCAUCCCAAGCAAAAUCUUCUGGUGAUCAUUGAGAGUGAUCAACGAGCAUUAACCGCUGAAGAACGUGAAGCUGCACGAAAGGAAUGCUUCAGGACUGGAAUGGAUGAUAAUGGUAAUGUUGAAAUGGAAAAUGCUCAUGAAGAUGAUGACAGUCAGGUAUCUGAUGAGCAGUAUGGUUAUCCAAAGCUAGAGAAAGCAAAAUGGGUUUCGUGCAUAAGAGUCCUCGAUCCAAGAACAGAGGAAACGAUAUGUUGCCUGGAGCUUCAGGAUAAUGAGGCUGCAUUUAGCAUUUGUACUGUUAAUUUCUAUGACAAGGAUUAUGGGACUUUACUCGCAGUAGGAACAGCUAAGUCGCUCCAAUUCUCCCCCAUUAGAUCAUUUGAUGCAGCAUAUAUUCACAUUUAUCAAUUUGUUGAUGGUGAAAAACUGGAGCUUUUGCACAAGACUCAAGUCGAUGAUGUCCCGUUGGCUCUUAGCCAGUUUCAGGGAAGAUUACUUGCAGGGAUUGGAUCAGUCCUUAGGCUUUAUGACUUAGGCAUGAAGAGACUGCUCAGAAAAUGUGAGAACAAGAUGUUUCCUAGCACAAUUAUUUCUAUACACACCUAUGGUGGUCGUAUUUAUAUAGGUGACAUGCAGGAGUCAUUCCAUUAUUGCUAUUAUAGACGGGACAUGAACGAGCUCUACAUAGCUGCCGAUGAUUUUUAUCCUAGAUGGCUUAUUGCAUCACAGCAUAUAGAUUUUGAUACAAUGGCAGGUGCUGACAAGUUUGGAAAUGUAUUCUUUGUUCAGCUUCCACAAGACAUCUCCAGUGAGAUUGAUGAGGAUUCAACUGGUAGGAAAAAAUCUAAAAAGAAGAGUAUGCUCAAUGGAGACCCUAAAAAAGUGGAGGAGAUAAUCCAGUUUCAUGUUGGCGAUGUAGUAUCAAGUUUGCAGAAGGCGUCUCUAGCCCCUGGUGGCAGAGAAUGCAUUAUUUAUGGUACUAUGAUGGGAAGCGUGGGAUCAUUUCUUCCUAUUGCCUCUCGCGAUGAUGCUGACUUCUUUUCUCACUUGGAGAUGCAUAUGAGGCAAGAGCAUCCUCCUUUGUGUGGCAGAGAUCAUAUGGCCUACAGAUCUGCAUAUCUUCCUGUUAAGGUUAAUUUGUUACAUCCUGAUUCUCCUCUUAUUUUAGCCUUAUCUGCUGUUGUUUUUCAUGUAGUUGAUCUGAUCUUUUCUUUCUAUUUGACUUGGUCUAGCGGGAAGGACUUAGAUGGCGGACCACUUAGCAGCAAGUGAUUGACAUCUUUUUUAAUUAUACACUCGGUGUUAGUUUCUGCAAGUCUUUAUGAUCGAUUUUUAACUGAUAGUUCUUUGACAAAUGUAUAUAUGUUAUGAAUGAUUGUGUAGGGUGUGAUCGACGGUGAUCUAUGUGAGCAAUUUCAUACACUGCCAAUGGAUAUGCAGAGGAAAAUUGCAGAUGAAUUGUACAGCAGUCCUGUGGAGAUUCUGAAGAAACUUGAACAAAUCAGAAAUACAAUAAUUUGAGGUAGUUCACUUAGAAGGUAAUACAGAUCUCUGUGUCAUUGUGUGAGAGUUAACUUCAUCCCUAUUUUCUCAAAUGAUAACACUCUGAAAAGUAUCAUGUGUUGUUUGAAGGUAAGACAAAGUGUAGCUUUUUUUGCACAAAUUGACAUGGUUUAGAAAUCUUGCUGUAAUUGCUCUUUAACACAUAUUUAUGCUCUCUGACUGUGUGUUGCAUUGUACGGAGUAACAUAUAAACAGACACUGCAACUUCUAGCUUGCAUUGCAAAUAGUGUCAUCAGGGAUUAGCAUGGAUUGAACUCGAAUCAGUUUGUUCUGUUAAAGGAGAUUCUUGGGAAAAAGAAAAAAGAUACAAGUGAAAUCAAGGUAUUCUUAGAAGACAUUUAUUUGGUAAUUGAGCUUUAGCUUUAAUUUGUUGCACACUCACUAAUCUGGAUGAGGUAUAGCCGUAUAGUACAUCCAAGAGGUUUGUUUUGCUGUGACUGCUUGGCAAUUAGCAUUGCUGGUGUUUUGGAGGCUAUUAGCUCUGGCAACUAUUUUCGUGACACUAUUGCAGAAAAC